AUGUCGGUCUGUGUUGGGCAGCAGUCGGUCGAAGGUCGACGGAUUCCUUUUGGUUUCAAGCAUCGAACCUUGCCACAUUUCACGAAGGACGAUUUUAGUCCAGAGGCUCGCGGCUUCGUGGAAAACUCAUAUCUGCGUGGCUUAACGCCCCAGGAGUUCUUCUUCCAUGCUAUGGCUGGUCGUGAAGGUUUGAUCGAUACGGUCAUCAAGACAGCAGAGACGGGCUACAUCCAACGGCGAUUGGUGAAGGCACUGCAGGAUGUGAUGACAGAGUCGUCUGAGGGUGCUGUGCUGAGGCUUAUGGGACGAUUUUCAGAGCUAUUGUUGCUCUCAACGUCUCCAGACACACAAACACCUCCUUGCGCGUAUACCAUCCGCAAAUACGGCCCCGAGCAAUUAGUCCCACAUGUAGACAAUGGAACUGUGCAAGGCUGGAACUCGGUUGUUUUGGACCAUGACCGACUCAAAAUGACUUCGAAUCUCUACAACAGUUUGGAGGUUUUCAAUAGUCCUCAAAUGCGCCACCACCAGCGCUAUAUUGUCUUUUUCUCAUCCCACAACGACCUUUUCCUCUCUCUGACAACUAUCUCUGCUCCUGUCAACAAUUAA